AUUUUUAGGUUGGCCAAGAAAGUGCCACACUGGCCUGGAUUUGUGUUUUGGUUUUUCAUUUAAGUUGCCGGGCAAAUUUUCCAAGUUGUCCCAGAAGCAAAUGUCAACGUGAAAGGGUGCUGCCCAGGUGACACUAGAACUGCUCUUUCGCCUUUCCUUUUUGGACGGAGUAGUGCCGGAAUAAGGUGUUCUUCCACAGAAGAUAUACCAAAAGUAGAAAAGCGGCAGGAUGACAGAAAAAGUCACGAAGCUGGCGUUGACCAGCCGCAUCAUAGUACUCGUGAUCCAGAUGCUGGCGAAUGGAGCUCUGCCGGAUCAUAAACCGGAUGUUUUUCGAAUGCCCCUUGCCGCUGUUUCGGAGGAGGAAUCAAAGAAGAUGUAUUUCGCGUGGCUGGACAAACUUGUGAUCCGCUGUCUUGGAGGAUUGCGGCACUGGGACGGCGAGUACUUUCUGCACAUAGCCGGAAAUCUAUACACGUACGAGAACACCCUUGCAUUCUAUCCACUAUUUCCGGUUAUAGUGCGUAACGUGGCACAGGCGUGCGAAACACUUGGCCUUAGGCUUUCUGAAAAAUCCAUUCUACUCCUAGUGGCAGUGGUUUUAAACACCUGGCUCUUUUGCGAGUCUGCAAACCUGCUGUACCAGCUAACUCAAAGGAUGUUCAAUGACAUAAACAAGAGCUGGAACGCCGCUUUGGUUUACUGCUUUAAUCCGGCCACAAUUUUCUUUAGUGCGGCGUACUCGGAGACCUUGUUCGCUUAUGCCAGCUUUUAUCUGAUGCUGGAGUGCAAGAAGCCAGGCAACAAGAACUUUCGAUUUUUUCGUAUAUGUGCUGCUUUAACCGCCUGCCUGUUGUCACGCUCCAACGGACUAAUAACCCUGGGAUUCCCGCUGUACUUCUAUGUCCGGCAUUUGGUGUUAAAAGGAAGGGGUUUCUGGCUGCAAGCAAAGAUGAUCGGUACCAUUGUGGGUGCUCUUGCGAUACUGCACACAUACUAUUUCUACAUAUAUAGACUUUACUGCAUGCCGUCUGUGACGGUGAAACAUCCUCAGCACGUUUUGGAUUAUGCCGAAGAGCGAAAAUACCUAGUUUCCGGCCAGGGACCAGAAGGAUCGCCAUGGUGCCAGUAUACCCUACCUUUUCCGUAUACCUACGUGCAGUCCCACUAUUGGGAUGUGGGUUUCCUCCGCUAUUACAAAUUGAAGCAGCUUCCCAAUUUUAUUUUGGCCCUUCCCAUGUUGAGUUUCAUGCACUGGCACUGCUACGAUUACCUGCGGAACUUUCUACAAAGCGUUUGGCCAACAGCCACCUUGGCCAACUACAAGGAGUUAAUCAAGACUCACACCACAUUACCUUUCGUCCUGCAUGCCGCUUUUCUGACCAUUAUCUGCACUGUCUUCGUGCACAUCCAGGUGUCCACUCGUCUCCUGGCAUCGGCCACUCCGGUAUUCUAUUGGUUCGCCGCGGAUCACAUGCCCAAGACACUAGCCAAACUGAAAUUUCGCUCCGCAGGAGGAGCUCUAUUUAUAUGGUGCACCACCUAUAGUCUAAUAGGAACGGUAUGCUUCUCCAACAAUUACCCAUGGACGUGAAAUGUGCCGGAUAUAUAGUAGCUCGUAGCCAAAGAGACUGUACAUCCACAAGGAUUGCUUUUUUACUAUGUAAAUAAUCGUUCGCGUUCACCGGAUUGAAUUAAAAAUUGUUAAGGCGCUCAAAAGAAUAGGAUUUUGUACAUUUGUUUUUACAAAAAAGCGCAUUGAUUGCUUUGCACUGUGAUCCAUCUUACUGGAUACUUUUUAAAAAUUUAAAAAACAUUUUUAUAGAAUAAAUUUUAAAUAUUUAUGAAAGCUCUUAAAUCUUAAUAAAAUCAUGUCACGAUUUUAAUAAAAGAAAAAAAUAAACUGGA